UAUCUUUCUUUUAUUUAAUCCUGAGGUUUUUUCUAAGAAUAUCGUAUAUAGUGUAUAUAGUAUAUGUACUUUAUUGUCUAAUAGACUUCUCUCUUUAGUAAGAUUUUUCUUUUCAUAAUCAUAAUGUUUCCUUAUGAUUUUCUUUUUCUAAAAACACAAGUACGAUUUUGAAUAAAAAUCCUUUCUGGUUUGCUUUAGCUUUUCCAGCAUUCGCCGCCCCUUCAAUUGCCUUUUGCGCGGAUCCUGCACUUGCGCUUCCAGACCUCAACGAGAUUCCAGUAGGCCUUUCUCCUGCGGAAAUAGCCCAAUUGCAUCGGGAGACUGAAGAGAAGGCCGCCCAGUGUGGCAGGCUCUUGCAAGAAAUCUGUGGGCAGGCAAAAGAACUUGUUGUCCGUCAGGCAGGAGCGCAGGGCGAGCUCACGCUCGAGAAAUUCGUAGACGCCGUCAGGUAUCUUGCAGACGUGGACGAGUUGCCCGAAGAGGAGCGAAUCCCCACUCUCAUUGAGUUCAGGGCCCCAAUCAAUAAUAAAGACUCGCCCAUUUGGUUUCAUAUAGAUAAAGAAAUGAAAAGAUGGGGGGGUCGUGGUCUAUGCUAAAUUCUUUUUCUUAGAUAGAAUGAAUGGAAAAGGAGUGCUUGUGUUGUGGUUUUCGUAGUUGCAAGAAUUUUUUUUUUUCGAGAAAAGGUCCCCUCCUUCAAUAUCAUGAUUGGGUCGACCAGGCCAGAUCAUGAGUGAAUAGAAAAAAAAAUGUACAUAGCUGUUCCAGCUGAAAUACUUGGAAUAAUUCUAGCACUUCUACUAGGAGUAGCCUUUUUAGUGCUAGAUGAACGUAAAGUAAUGGCUUUUGUGCAACGUCGAAAGGGUCCUGAUGUAGUGGGAUCGUUUGGAUUGUUACAACCUCUAGCAGAUGGUUUGAAAUUGAUUCUAAAAGAACCUAUUUCACCAAGUAGUGCUAAUUUCUCCCUUUUUAGAAUGGCUCCAAUGGCUACAUUUAUGUUAAGUCUGGUCGCUCGGGCCGUCGUACCUUUUGAUUAUGGUAUGGUAUUGUCAGAUCCGAACAUAGGACUACUUUAUUUGUUUGCCAUAUCUUCGCUAGGUGUUUAUGGAAUUAUUAUAGCAGGUUGGUCUAGUAAUUAGGGGGCGGCCCUUCGGUCGCCUACGAUACUAGGACCAAUAGGUUCAAAAUGGGUUUGUGCCGAAGGUGUUGAACGAUCUACUCUACACAGGUGUGGGCUUACAGGGCUAGGGCUCAAAAACCCUUUCUUUCAUUUAUCAAUAGGGCCCUGCCCUGGUCGGUCACUUUUCUGGGCCGGGAUUGAUAAGUGGAAGUCAUAAAAAAGAAAUCUCUCUCUUCACACCUCAGAUCAAGAGGAAGGGUUUGCUUGUGAAGCUGGCCUAUAUAUAAGAAUAAGAAAUUUCUUUCUAUUUUCUAUUAUUAUAUAAUAGAAACUAUAAGAAAAAUGGAAAGAUUCGCUUUCUUUUAACCGGCUCCUUCUUCUUUGUCAACGCUACUAAGGACCUAUAGGUUUGCCUACUUUACUUAUUAAAGAUAAUGAGAAUGGGUUAUUCAAACAAAAAGGAAAAGGCCGUACUUAGUUUCGCAAGCCUUUGUCAUUAUCAGUCAACUAUGUAGGGCCUGAGGCCCUCUGCGAAUCCGUAAUCUGAGGAGCAUGCCUCAACAAAAGGAUGGUCCCCUAUGCAUUUCAUUUUUUCCUUAAGGGAAAAAAAAGUACCCCCCAUCAUAGUGAACCUCUCCUUGUGAUCGGGAUGAGGUAGAU